UUCCCUUUACUAGUGGUAACAUUGUGAUUGGUUCAUCGUGGUCGCAUCACUGUUCACACAUAGCCAUAGAUUCCCCUUUUGGCAGCCACAAAGCAACACCCUUUCUUUUUCUCUCUACCCUCCAACGUGCUCUCUUCCCUCCUCCACUUCAUCCAAAUCUUUCUCAUUUUCUCUCCCAAAUCACACUCUCAAUUACAAUAACACACACUCAACUUGAGAAUUUUCCCCAAAAAUCCCAAGAGCUCGCGCCAUGGUUUCCCCGGAAAACAGCAAUUGGCUGUUCGAUUACCCGUUGAUCGACGACGACGUUAUUCCCGUCGGCGACUCCUCCUUCGCCGUCUCCGCUUCCACCUUCUCCUGGCCCCCACCUCCCGCCAAUGUCAGUGUCGAAAUUGAUACUUCGCUUGGGGAUUCUGAUGGCCUAAAAAAUCCUGCUUUGAAGAAAAGGACUAAAUCUGAUUCAAGUACUGCUUCUAGCUCCAAAGCGUGUCGGGAGAAGUUGAGGAGGGAUAGGCUUAAUGACAAGUUUGUUGAAUUGGGCUCCAUCUUGGAGCCCGGAAGGCCUCCCAAAACAGACAAGGCUUCCAUUCUGAUUGAUGCUGCCCGAAUGGUGACACAGCUGCGGGAUGAAGCCCUGAAGUUGAAAGACUCAAAUACGAGUCUUCAAGAGAAGAUUAAAGAGUUAAAGGCUGAGAAGAAUGAACUUCGUGAUGAGAAACAGAGGCUUAAGGCAGAGAAAGAGAAGUUGGAGGUGCAGGUAAAAUCAAUGAAUGCUCAACCUGCUUUCUUGCCACCCCCUCCUGCAAUCCCUGCUGCAUUUGCUCCACAAGGCCAAGCCCCUGGCAACAAGUUGGUGCCUUUCAUCAGCUAUCCGGGAGUUGCCAUGUGGCAAUUUAUGCCUCCGGCCGCCGUGGAUACCUCACAGGAUCAUGUACUCCGUCCACCGGUUGCCUAAGUUGGCAUUGUACAAUUAUUUGGGCUUCCAUUUUGGCUCAAAAGUUGUAAUCAUUUUCCUAUAGCUUUUUAGUUAUUAUCUUCUAAGUGUUCCAAGUAACUGGAUUCAGUGGUGGCUUUGACUGUAUUUGGCAUCUGAUACUAUUAUGAAGUAAUGGCUGGUAUUUGCAUGUAAAUGUUAAUAAGCAUGUCUGGCUGUCUUCACAGCGGCUUUGAUGGUUGUUACUGUUUUUGAUAUAACCCAAAGGCAGAACCAAAAUAAUGACAAUAAUAAUAAAAGGUCAAGCACAGCGACUUGUUAUUUUCGAA